GGGUUCAGGUGUCAACGUGGGCUGGCAAAUGGAGAGCAGCUGCUGGUGCCAGCGCCUGGGUCCCUUGGCCCGGGAGGGGAAGGGAAGGGGUUAGCUGUCCUGAGCAGAGACGUGGGUAGCCGCAGCCUCGGGCUGAAGUCAAGCAGCAGGCACCGUGGAGUUGCACCUUGUAGAUGACCCCAAGGAGUCUUCACAGGCAAGGUCAGCUCGCAGACUAGAGCACCGGGGAACUCCAGCCCAGUCAGCCUCGCCCAGUCCCUGGAGAAAUCCUGGAGCAGAUCCUCAAGGAAUCCAUUUUGAAGCACUUGGAGCAGAAGGAGAUUAGGAACAAUCGGCACAGAUUCACUGGAGCAUUGAUCUAUAUACAUAGAAUAGAGACCUCUAUAUAUAUAUAUAUAUAUAUAUAUAUAUAUAUAUAUACACACACACUGUUUGCACAAAGGCUUUGCUAAAGCGCUGGCACACUAGCCGGUUGGUUGUUACCCUGUAGUCCCUGCAAGUGCUUUGCUUUGGCGUGCAGACCCAAGAUCAGGGCCAUCCCUGGGGGAGGUGAAUCGAGGUGACCACCCGGGACCCCGUGCUUUGGGAGACCCCGCAGAGCUGGGCAGAGCGGUGACUCCGCGUCCAGCUGCUCGCUAUCCCUCCCCCCCACACCGAUGACAUCGAUGGCUGCGGCAGCUUCUUCGGGACAGGGCCCCGUGGGAUCGGAGCACCACAUGGACCGAUUUGGCCCGGGCUCUGCACCCUGCUCGGGUCGGCUCUGCCCAUGACACAUUUAUACCGGUGUGAUUUGCCUUUAUCCUGGUGCAAAGGGGAGUGGACACAUAGGACACAUUUACACAUGUACGUGCUGCAGCACCGGGCGCUUUUAAAAGUGCCCCGCGCUGCACCACAUACAUUUGUAUAAACAGUGAAAGUCAUGCCUAACCAACCAACCAACCUGAUUGCCUUUUAUAAUGAGAGAACUGGCUCUGUGGAUGCAGAAAGAGCAGUGGACAUGAUAUACCUUGAUUUUAGCAAAGCUUUUGGUAGUCUCCCACAACAUUGUCCCAGGCAAACUAAGGAUGAAUGGACUGUAAAGUGGAUGGAAAACUGGCUGAAGCAUCGGGCACAGAGGGUGGUAGUCAAUGGCUCCAUGUCUUGUUGGCAGCCAGUAUCAAGUGGAGUGCCCCAGGGGUCAGUCCUGGGGCUGGUUUUGUUCAAAGUCUGCAUCAGUGACCUGGAAGAUGGGAUGGAUGCACCCUCAGCAAGUUUGCAGAUGACACCAAGCUGGGGGGAGUCGUAGAUAUGCUGGAGGGGAGGGCUAGGAUUCAGAGUGACCCAGACAGAUUGGAGGAUUGGGCCAAAAGGAAUCUCAUGCGGUUCAACAAGGACAAGUGCUAACUCCUGCACUUAGCAGGGAGCAAUCCCCUGCACCGGUGCAGGCUGGGGGUGAUGGGCUGGGCAGCAGCUCUGCAGAAAAGGAGCUGGCGGGGACAGGGGACUAAGCUGAAUAUGAGCCAGCAGUGUGCCCUUGUGUCACGGGCUGGGGUCCCCGGAGAUGGCCAUCAUACCCCAUGGCCCCUUGACUAUGCCAAUUCUGCUCAAUGAGCGCCCUCUUUCUCACCCGCCACAUCGUGUUGGUAAUAAUUAUGAAUAGGGAGGCUGCCCUCAAGUUUACGUUGGGCACGGUCCUGCUGGACCCUGUGGGUUCUCGGACCCCUUUUGGGUCCCACUCUAAAAUGGACAUCUCAGGACGCCCUCAGCCUUACGGGCUAGGUGCAUGGCUCCAAACCGCCCCUUUACCAUGCCCCAAGUCUCGCAGAUGGCAUUCACUGUGUCCCUCCGAGGCCUUAGUUUCACCUGACCUCUGGUCGUUACCAGGCUCUCUGCAGCCCUGUCUCUCUCUCUCUCUGCGCCCACACUGGCGCUGGGGGUCUGUGCACCCCGGAUCCCGUGCCCACACUGGCGCUGGGGGUCUGUGCACCCCAGAUCCCGUGCCCACACUGGCGCUGGGGGGUCUGUGCACCCCGGAUCCCGUGCCUAGACUGGCGCUGGGGUCUGUGCACCCCGGAUCCCGUGCCCACACUGGCGCUGGGGGUCUGUGCACCCCGGAUCCCGUGCCCACACUGGCGCUGGGGAUCUUUGCACCCCGGAUCCCGUGCCCACACUGGCGCUGGGGGUCUGUGCACCCCAGAUCCUGUGCCCACACUGGCACUGGGGGUCUGUGCACCCCGGAUCCCGUGCCCAGACUGGCGCUGGGGGUCUGUGCACCCCAGAUCCCGUGCCCACACUGGCGCUGGGGGUCUGUGCACCCCAGAUCCCGUGCCCACACUGGCGCUGGGGGUCUGUGCACCCCAGAUCCCAUGCCCACACUGGCGCUGGGGGUCUGUGCACCCCGGAUCCCGUGCCUAGACUGGCACUGGGGUCUGUGCACCCCGGAUCCCGUGCCCACACUGGCGCUGGGGGUCUGUGCACCCUGGAUCCCGUGCCCAGACUGGCGCUGGGGGUCUGUGCACCCCGGAUCCCGUGCCCACACUGGCGCUGGGGUCUGUGCACCCCGGAUCCCGUGCCCACACUGGCGCUGAGGUCCCCACACUGUAGUGGGCCCCCAAUGAGGCCUCCUCCGUCCCCAAUAGUCUCAGCCCAAUCCACCGGACUGCAAACAGAAAUCAAACUGCAAGUCCCUGGGCUAUAACAUAAUGCAAGCAGCUCGGGGAGUGCUUUGUCCCUUAAAAUGAAUUAUCCUUUCCCAGCACAACAUGCCUUGUAGACCAGGGUCUGGCAAGCUCCUGAAAACCCUUAACCUGACCAGCGGCAGGAGAUGGGCCAUCAGGCUCCUUCCUUCCCCCUUAGCUGCUGGCAGAGAGCUGACCCUCUGGUCCCAGCCCUGGGGUUUAUACAUGCUCCAGGCCCUGCCUCCUCCGGCCAGCUGACCACCGGCAGGUGCGGGCUAAUGCCCCAAUUCCUGCGGCUGUGGUGACUUGCAGCUGGGGGGCUCCUGCCUGACUGCUAGGGCGCUCUCCCUAGCAGUUUCAGCCCUUAAACGAGCAGGCACCACAGUGCCCUGCGGCACCUUGUUGCCAAGAAGCCUACUGCCAUCCUGGGCUGCACUGGCAGUGAUUUUUUCCCCCUCUAUUCAGCACUGGGGAGGCCACAUCUGGAGUCCUGUGUCCAGUUGUGAGCCCCCACUGCAGAAUGGAUGUGGACACGUUGGAGAGAGUCCAGCAGAGGGCAAUGAAGAUGGUUCAGGGCUGGGGCACACGACUGGUGAGGAGAGGCUGAGGGAAAUGGGCUGAUUUAGUCUGCAGAAGAGAAGACCGAGGGGGAUUGAAUAGCAGCCUUCACCUCCCUGCAGGGGGGCUGCAAAGAGGAUGGAGCUGGGCUGGUCUCAGUGGGGGCAGAUGACAGAAGGAGCAAGGGGCUCAAGCUGCAGAAGGGGAAGUUGAGGUUGGAUGUUAGGAAGUAUUCUUUCAGUAGCAUAGUAAAGCACUGGAGCAGGUCACCCAGAGAGGUGGGGGAGUCGCCAUCCUUGGAGGUUUUGAAGACCCGGGUAGACAAAGUCGUGGCUGGGAUGAUGGAGUUGGGGCUGGUCCUGCUUGGAGCAGGGGGGUUUUCUAGAUGUGACCUCCUGAGGUCCCUUCUAGCCUGAAUUUUCUAUGAUUUUAAGGAGAAGGUGGAAGUGUGUUUGCAGUUGGUACCAGAGCCUGUCACCCUACCGCCUGAACCUGGUCCCUUUACACCGCAUCCUGGUCAGAAGGAUCUCUGCAUACGGGACAAUCUGUCCUAGACCUUACUCACCAUAUUCCUGCUGCCUGUGUUUGGCUGUGCUGAAAUCAAUCCACCCACAACCCAUUUAAAUACGUUCUUGAGUCGCGGUCCAUGUCAGGCCCAUGAUACCUGGGCCUGACAUCUUUACCUUCCAGUUUUUGAGUCUUGAUUUAAGUCAUCCCUCUGUAACGUGUCUGAGUUUACUGCCAUCUUGUUUCAAAAACUAAUUGCACUGUUUUCUUUUUCUUUUUUUUGAUUACAGAAAACUAGUAGAGCAAAGCCUCUGCUGCGAAGAUCUCAGAAUAACCACGGCGGGGCAGAAUGGUUUGGACACUCUGUGUUCCUAUUGAAAAACACCCUUAAAAGGAUAUAUAUAUUUUUGGACUAGGAGAACCUUGUCACUGGAAGUGCCGGUGUGCAACCGACACCGAUGCGACGGACAUCCACGUUCUUGCAAUGGAGGUGUCGCUGACAACGGAGACAGUCGGCUCUGAUGAAACUCGAGUUUUCACGAAGGAAACAUUGUGCAUUGCAGCUGCUCUCGCCUGUCGGGAUGAAUAGGGCUGUCCUUCCCAUCCGCCUCUCUCCAUCUCUUCUCUUUCUGUCUGUCUCUUUUUCUCUCUGUGUGCCUUCUCCAUACACAUUUUCUGGCAUUUGCACUGAACCAGGAUGUCUCCGGUCGUCAGAAUAAAACCCUAUGAAAUGCUAGGCCUAUACCACCUAGGUUGGUGACGCUGGAAACGGGCUCUACCCCCGUCCAAGCAGUGGUGGGAGCACCUAGCACCACUCAGCCUGGGCGCAUCCCUGGGCAGGCUACAAAAUGACCCCAGGACCAUUAUUUUUUGGUGGAGAAAGUGGAGUCAGAGCAAGGGAGCGGGGCUUGUUUCUUCGGGUUGCCUUGGAGCUGGACUAGGCCUACCCAAAGAGAGAUGCGGGCUGACCUCGGAGCACUUCCCCCAGCCCGUAGCUUCCU